CUUGAGUUGUCUGGGAUUCCUGCAUUUGCUGAAGAUUUCAGAUCCGGCUAUUGCAUUUUAUCUUUCACCUCUCUUUCAAUGUGGCGGCGCCAUGCGGAUCAGUUGACCCCCUCAUUGAUCGUCCUGAUAAGGAUGGGAUAGUCGGAGGGGUAUAAACGUUCUGCUCCCUUUUCACCUUGUACUCUGCCAAAGACAGAUACGUUCACCGUCAGCAAGAGUCGUGGAAAUGGCAAAAGACUCAGAAGAUAUUCCAAUGGAUCUUCUAUCUUCUCCCCUGGGCACUUCCGAUGAGAGCUCUUAUGAUGCCUCGACUGGUCCUACGACUCCUGCUUCCAGUCCACUGUUCUGCUCGUCCAAGGUGGAUGAUCUCACUUUGUCUCACUUUCUGCAUUCUCCUGCGUCCUACAGAUUGGAUGCGGAUGCCAGUCCCUGCGAUACCCUGGGUUCUGCAUCUUCAUCCUUUCAAAGCUUCCCGGCAUGGGGUCCCGUGAAGAACGUUUGUGUCGUUGGAGCGGGCUAUGUAGGGGGACCAACCGCUGCCAUCCUGGCACUGCAUAACCCAUCUAUAAAGAUCGAAGUGGUGGAUCGGGACCCGCGUCGUAUCCAGAGAUGGACAUCACCCCAUCUUCCUGUGCAUGAGCCAGGACUGGAAAACGUUGUUCGAGUGGCCCGCGAUGGAGCAGAUAUUACCAAUCACGACGCUAGAACGGACGUACAUGUUGCUCGUCUCAAGCGUCGUCCCAACCUGUUCUUUACAUGCGACUCUGCGGCCAGUAUCUCCCAGGCAGAUAUAAUCUUCCUAGCAGUCAACACGCCAACGAAGACAUUUGGUCUGGGUGCUGGGAGGGCUACCAAUAUGACGGCGCUUGAUGAAGCCGUACGAGGAAUCGCACGGCAUGCAAGGCCAGGCGCAAUCAUUGUUGAAAAGAGUACAGUGCCUUGUGGGACUGCGCAUCGCGUUCAAGAAAUCUUGGCGUCUACUAAGCCCGGUGUUCCAUUCGAAGUUUUAUCUAACCCCGAGUUCCUGGCCGAAGGAUCAGCCAUCGACAAUCUCACUACUCCUGAUCGUGUUCUUAUCGGUUCUUCGGGGACUGAAUCAGGACGUCAAGCAGCCAGAGUACUCGCCAGCGUGUAUGCAUCAUGGGUACCAUCAUCGCGUAUCCUCGAGAUUAAUGCCUGGUCAUCGGAGCUUGCAAAAUUGGUAGCAAAUGCCAUGCUUGCCCAGAGAAUCAGCAGCAUCAACUCCAUCAGUGCCAUCUGUGAGCGGACAGGUGCUGAAGUCGACCAGGUAGCCAAAGCCAUUGGCCUUGAUUCCCGCAUUGGAUCCCAAUUCCUCAAGGCAGGCCUCGGGUUUGGCGGUUCCUGCUUCCGCAAGGAUAUUGCCAGUCUGACAUACCUGGCGGAAUCACUAGGCCUGGACGAUGUGGCGUUUUACUGGCGACAGGUCAACGUGAUGAAUGAAAUGCAGCGCAAUCGAUUCGCGAGGAAGGUCAUUGAUCGAUUUGAAGGCAAUUUGGUCGGACGGAAGCUUGCUAUGCUUGGGUUUGCAUUCAAGAAAAAUACCGGAGAUACUAGAGAGUCUCUUGCUAUCGACGUCAUCCGGUUGCUCCUAGAGGAGCGGCCAAAGGAGAUAGCCAUUUUCGAUCCAUACUGUCGUGAAGAGGACAUUCUUCGCGAGUUGGAGUCCCUCGAUAUCCAUGAGAGUAGCUCGGUCAAGGUCUACGCGGAUGCUUACCUUGCCUGCUCUCAAGCCAACGCUGUGCUCGUUGUCACAGAUUGCGAUCAAUUUCGGAAUGCCACCGUCCAACGACAUGGUGAUUCUCCUACGUUAGGGCAACAGACGCCCUGCAAGAUACGCCAUAUUCCAACCAUCUCAAACAAAGACCUUGUCUGUCACGAACCUGGAAAUCAGGACGAGACAUGGGUUUCCAGCGGGGUAUCCUACCGGCUGACACCCCAGGAUAUGUGUGCGACUGAUUGUACGGACUGCCACUCGCAGUCCAGCCGCCCCAUCGCCACUGAUCCUGUCGAGUGGGCGCGCGUUGCAUAUAGCAUGAAGGACCCGAAAUGGGUGUUUGAUGGACGCGGAAUGUUGGAUGUCGUCGAGAUGGAGAGAUUGGGUUUCCGAGUGAAUGCUGUUGGCAGGCGGUCUGCUGAAGGCCUUUGUGGUAUUUCGGCUUAGAUAGAUGGCCCAGGCUGCUGACAACUUAUUUCCUUUAUACUGGUGAUACCCUUUUAUAUGUCUUGUGUUAAGGAGGUUUGAAUUCUGUUUCAUUUAUGCUUUCCUUUUGUUUUUGAUAAACCACUAGACUGCAUGGACUACUACUAAUUUUAUUUAUAUACAGACUGGUUAGUGAUAGUAUUUUGUUUCAUGUUUAUCAAAGCCUAUGACGGCGAGUAUGAACAUUUCCAAGGCCAACAUACGAAAUUAG